UAGGAACAAAUUUUUACACUUUAUAUAUAAAUUCUUUUGUUUUAUAUUUACAUAUUUCGGGAAAAUAAAAUCCAAAUCAUAGCCAUAUUAUUUAGCUAGACUAAACAACAUUGAAACACUCGAUCUGUAAGCACACCUUUUACCUUUCUCUUUCGCUUGGGGCCAAAAUGCUGUUGCACAGUGCCAUUAUCAGCCCACUGCCGUCGUCUUGUCCAACAUGCCGAUGAUAAAGUAGUGCCUGGGCCUGCCAUAAAAUGUUGGUUCUGUCGCGGGAUCGGUGCUGUUACGGGGCCGGACCGCCGGUGGAUUGUCCAAUUGGCUCAAAGUGCACGGCGCUCCCCACACGCAAAUGGGAACAAAAAAAAAACCAACGAACAGAAAUGUUUAAAGUGCAAAUAAACAACAUUUAUCGGUGGGUUUUAUUGGGCAGCAUUCGAUAAAAUUAACCGGCGCCGAUCCGAUCCGAUCUGAUCCGAGCGCUGAAGGUUGCUUCUGUUGUUGAGGCGGACUUCCCUGCUGGUCAACGGCCAACGGUUGUAAUAUUAGUGCACAUAAAACAGAAGCGUAAUCUUAUCAUCGCUGUUUCAUCGUGUUUGGCACUUUUGUGUGGUGUCGCCGCACGCAACACCGCAAACGGUUGGGGACACGGACAGGGGUCGAGCAGCGAACAUAAUGGGACAGCCCACGAUUAUUCCUUCCACCCAAUUGGUGUCCAUUGCCGCCGCCGAGCAGGAGAUGACCGCCCUGGCAGUGUUGGCCCGCCAGCGGGAGGACGAGCAGGCCAACUACUCGGUCUACCUGGAGGAUGCGCAGCUGUUUGGCCAGCUGGACGAGCUAAGAGGCGACGAAGACACUGAAGACAUGGAGCUGAUGAUGUUGUCGCCGGGGGCAGACUUUGACCUGAUCGAUCUGGUGAACGGGGCCCUGGAUCCCACAGGCAAUCACCACCACCCGAACACGCGACUGCAGAGCAGGCCCAAGCGGACCGCCAAACAGGGAGGACCGCAGGGAGCACCGCAUGUCUGCGACGUGUGCGGCAGACGCUUCUCGGAGGCCUACAACCUGCGCAUACACAAGAUGACGCACACGGACGAGAAGCCGCACGUGUGCGAUGGCUGCGGCAAGGGUUUCCGGCAAUUGAACAAGCUGCGCAUCCACUAUGUCACCCAUACGCCGGAUCGGCCGCACAAGUGCGACAUCUGCGGCAAGGGCUUUCGCUUUGCCAACUACCUGGCCGUCCAUCGUCGCCUCCACACUGGCGAGAAGCCGUAUUCGUGUUCGGUCGAGGAGUGCGAUCUGACCUUUCACUCAAUUCAUGCGCGCCGCAUCCACACCAAGCUGCAGCAUGCGGCUCCCGUUCAAUCGGAUGCCGAGCAGGAGCAGCCAGAGACAACCACAGCCACAGCCACUUCCACUUCCACUUCCUCACUGUGCUACACCUGCACCAUCUGCGGCCGGGUGCUCACAGAUCAGUGCUACCUGAACACGCACAUGAAGCGGCACUACAACCAGCGUGACUUUCCCUGUCCGCAGCCGGAAUGCGGCAAGCGCUUCUUCAGCUCCUCCGAGCUGAAGCAUCAUCAGAUCGCCCACACCCAGUAUCGGCCGUACGCGUGCACUCAGUGCCCGGCCCGGUUCCUCAGGAAAUCCAAUUACAAACAGCAUUUGAAAAUACACGAGCGCUGAGACACGAUUGAGGGUCCACUUCUGAUUGUUUGCCUUUGCCUUUGCCUUGGGGUCUAGCUUCUUGUUUGUUUUAAUUGAUGUAAGUGUUUAUUUAAAUAUACGUUCCAUAUGUUUGUCUUUA